AUGUGGACCUUACUGUGUCUCCCUUUCUUUAGAGAGCAGGCAGAGGAGAGCCGAGCUGGAGAGCCGCGGGGCCCGGGGCCCGUCGGGUCCCUCUGUCCUCUCCCAAAGGGAGACAUCGGCAGGGUCCCCGUCUGGAGCACAGUGGAGACGUUAGCUAAGUGCUAUUACCCCGAGCUCGCUCACCUGCGAGAGGGCAGUGGCCUUCUAGCAGACUACCCCUUUCCAAAGGGGGCUUGUCCAGCAGCCCUGUCACCCUUCUCCGUGACCCGUCGCAUCGGCCACCCCUACCAGAACCGGACGCCGCCCAAGAGGAAAAAGCCUCGCACCUCCUUCAGCCGGGUGCAGAUCUGCGAGCUGGAGAAGCGGUUCCAUCGGCAGAAGUACCUGGCGUCUGCCGAGCGCGCCACCUUGGCCAAGGCCCUGAAGAUGACCGACGCACAAGUCAAGACCUGGUUUCAGAACAGGCGGACAAAAUGGCGGAGACAGACUGCAGAGGAGAGAGAGGCCGAGAGGCAGCAGGCCAACCGGCUGAUGCUGCAGCUUCAGCAGGAAGCUUUCCAGAAGACGUUGAGCCAGCCCCUGCAGCCGGACCCCCUCUGCCUGCACAACUCCUCCCUCUACGCCCUGCAAAACCUGCAGCCCUGGGCGGAUGACAGUAAGGUGACCUCCGUCACCUCCGCGGCAUCUGUAGUGUGAGCGUGGUGUGUGUGUGUGUAGGAAAGCGGAGGGAGAGGACGAGCACCGCUGUGGGACGUCAUUAAUGAGGGAGUAAUAAAUACACAUAUUGAAUGGACAUCGUGCUUCCUCACUCAUUAAUCGCCACCAGCAACAUGGCGGGCGGGUGCGGGGGCGGGCGAGUGGAGAGAGAGAGAGAGAGAGACAGCCGCACCGACACGUUUGUCCAAAUGAAGCAACUGUUGACAGAAAUGUGUGUUGAGUCAAAUUCCUGCCUUACACCAAGUUUCCGCUUUCCCUUCAGUUGACGGUCUAAAAGAGAGGAGGGCACUUUACCCAUAAGUGCCGGGAAACAAAUGGACACCUCUGUACAUGCCCAACUACCAAGACUGCCCCCUCCCCUCCCCUGCGCUCCCCUCCCUGUUGCCUCUGGAUCCUUUCCCGAGGCGGCAGAGACUCUCUGCCAGUAACAGCAACAACAACAAAAAAAAAAAAAAAACUCCUGCUUUUGACUUUGUACAAUGUAGUAAAUGCAUGUUUCAAACCCUCUUCUGUGUGCACCCGGAAGGACCGCCGAAGUCGGCUGCCGCCGAGGUGGACUGCAGUUUUCAAAGUGGUAUAUUCAAUUGGUGGAACUCUUGAUGACAAAUUCAUCAUUGUGUUCAAUUUAAAGGUGUUUUAUAUUAAAUGACAUUGUGACUUUUUGAAAAGAUGACAAA